AUGACCCGGAUGCUAUUGCUCAUCUUUAUCAUGGUCCAUCCAGGAUCCUGUGCUCUCUGGGUGUUCCAGCCCCCGGAGAUUCGUACCCAGGAGGGCACCGCUGCCUUCUUGCCCUGCUCCUUCAAUGCCAGCCAAGGGAAAUUGGCCAUUGGCUCUGUCACGUGGUACCGGGACAAGGUGGCCCCAGAGAAGGAAGUGAGGAAUGGGACCCCAGAGUUCAGGGGCCGCCUGGCCCCUCUUCCCUCUUCCCGUUUCCUCUAUGACCAUCAGGCCGAGCUGCACAUCUGGGACACCCAACACUGUGACGCUGGAGUCUACGUGUGCAGGGUGGAGGUGCUGGGCCUAGGUGUUGGGACGGGGAAUGGGACUCUGCUGGUGGUAGAGAAAGGACCUCCUCGGCUAGGGGCCAGCACAGUCCUCCUCCUUCGGGCUGGAUUCUAUGCCUUCAGCUUUAUCUGUGUGGCCAUGGGCAGCACCAUCUAUUACCAAGGCAAAUGCCUGGCCUGGAAAGGUCCAAGGAGCGAGCUUCCCGGUAACCGUGCCUGGAGCCCCCUCCCAUCAUCAUCCCAGGGCUCAGCACCUCCACCUUUCUGGGGUACAGGAGGCUGA